AGCAUUGCAUUGGAGAGGGUCGGAGGAUUUGUAACCCUGAGCUCGGGUGGAUUUUGUAAAGAAGUAAGACUGAAACUUGCAGGAUCUGACUAGCACUGCCUGUAUCUGUGACACUGGUGUUUGGGCAGGGUAGGCUGGUGGAGCAAUGAGCAGGAGAUGAGUGAGGUCCCCCAAACAACGAUGAAGAUUUAUUGAGCACAGCGCUGUUGAAGAGGACAUCGUGAGCCAUCUCUGGUCAGUCUGAAUAAGGAAUCACCUCUGUCAGCUGUGAAUAGUGUCUCCCAGCAAUGAGCCACAGUAGUAAGAUACUCCAGGAGAGUUCACCCACCAACAAUUUCAACACAGGCGACCAAGGAGGGCCUGAUAGUGGGACUGACUGCAAGGAGGAGAUGCUUGAGGAAUUGCCCAGUGCCAUUGAUACUGAACUGGACACCGAUCCCAAUGAGGCAGAAAAUGAAGGAUUCUUCAACAUGGUGAGCCAUGCUCAAAGGAACCGAAUGGAUGACCAACGUUGCAAUCUCGGAUGGAACGAGACACCCGCUAAAAAGUCCAUUUUAGACCCAAAUAAGUCUGACUGUGAACGUCCAAUCAAUGAACUCCUGGACAUGCUCGCUGACAAACAGGGCCAACGUCUGGAUGACCAGCGUGUAACCUGUGACAAUUUACCAGGUCUCCAGCUGUCUGAGUGCUACAUACAGGCUACUUGUGAAGAGGUUGAAGCUGAAUGAAUAAGCAGGACUGAAUUCCAGUUCAACCUGAUGAAAAAGCUGUUGACUAUCCAAGAGUGUGUGAGAAACUACCAGAGGAAAAGCGAAUGCUGAAUCAUUUCCUUCAAGUAUUAACUUUUGUGAAGAUUCCAUGUUUGAGACAAAGACUGUUGUGGUUUUUUCGAGCCUUCGAUAAAGUGAGGCAGAGAUUUCAUUGUUUUAGCCUGGCCUUCCCUCUGAUUAAACAGCACUAUCCCAACAUGUCCAAGUCUCUUUGCGAAUUGCUUCCAACAUGUUUAGAACCAAGAAAUAGCAGGAUCCUGCUCCUCUGAUGUUGCUUGGCCUGCUGUGUUCAUCCAGCUCUACACCUUGUUAUCUAUGUUUAGAAUGAGAUAAUACCAGUCAUCAUUCAUUAUUUGUCUUUGAAACAAUGUUCCGAGUGUGUUUUUAUUGAAAAUGGCACAAAAUAUUA